UUGGCACAAUUGCAUUUAAAUAAUAAGUUUAAUUCCUGAUUUAACAUGGUUCAUGAUUAAUAAUUCUCGACACGGGUCCAGUAAAUAAGGUUCUCUUAAGACUUCCAAAUACCACGAUCAAAAGCAUAUGUUCUGAUUUGUUUGUAAUUAUCCGAGUAUGGAUUGGGUUGAAUGAAUUCCACCACAUGCUAAGGCAGAGAGUAAUUGUUUCCAAGCUUUCUCCACAUACGUAUAGGCCUGCCCCUACUCUGCACGAACCAGAGCCAGGACAACAACACAAUGGACUAUUUUGGCGUGAUUAUUGGAUGUGAUUGAGGGUUGAAAAAUCUAAUUUAGUGUCCUCUUGGUACAAAAAAAGAUUUUCAAUCACUUUAGUUGUUAUCCCGAGGGUUCCAAAUUAUACAGAAGAAAGUUGCUUUCCCUCAAUGGCAAUUGAAUCAUGGCCACUGGGCAGACCUUGUCUCCCCUGUGCAUUUAGCCAUUGUUCUUUUGACACCAUUUAGAUCACAAAACCACUGGCAAAUCAAAUUUUGCCACUUAAAGUAUAUGGAACUUAGCUACCCUCUGGAAACUUAUGCAGGGACAUAUCAACCAUUUGAUUGUGUUUGGUUCUAUGAUCAAGGCACCAAAUGGUUGGUGAUGAGGAUCAAUGAAAAAUAACCCAUCAGACAGUCCAGUCCCCACUGUAUUCAAGUACCAUUCACGACUUUAAAAAGCAUCCAACAUUCAGCUUUCCAGUUUCCACUUACUCAGCCCACAACAACACCCAAGAGAAAAAAUUAUCUACAGAGCUAAUCGCUUCUCAUCCCUUCCCUUUACUAGCCAACACUGACCCUCUUCUCCCCCCCCCCUCUCUCUCUCUCUCUCUCUCUCUCUCUCUCUCUCUCACUCACACACACACACACAUUCUUUUUUGAGUUUGCUCACAUGCUAUCCUUUCUUGAGGAUUAAACAAAAGUAAGAGAUGAUGAAAGGAGUUAAGGGAAAAUUCCUUAAGAAAUUCAAAGCCAUCCAAACCAUAGGGACUCUGAAACAAGGCUUAGUCUUUCACCAAUUAAAUCCCACCUCUGAGAAGUUAUCCAAUAUUCGAAACACUCAACCCCCACCACUACUUCACAGAGAACAAGAGCUCAAGAACGACCAUAAUCUUCUCUCAGACCAACUACUUGGAAGUAAUGGUUUAUCCAAACGCUUUAAAGAUCUUAACCAUGAAGAUAUGGAAUCCGAGUUCAAUGUCUGUGAAAAGGUCAAGGAGAAUGUUUCACCCACCAUAGAUACUUCAGGUUCUCCAAUCUUCUCUGAAAUCACCAUGGAAGAAGAACAUCAUGCUCAUCAGGAAGCAAAAGGUGAUGAUUUUAAUGAUGAUGUUGAUGAUGAAAUUUACCCAUCUUUAUCAGAUUUCCAAGAGAAAUGCCCACCAGGAGGAAACAAUGCAAUCAUUCUAUAUACGACGAGUCUAAGAGGAAUAAGAAAGACAUUCGAGGACUGUCAUGCUAUAAGGUUCUUGUUGGAAAGUUUUAGAAUCGUGUUCUACGAGAGAGAUGUUUCCAUGCACUUGGAUUUCAGAGAAGAGUUGUGGAAGAUAUUGGGAGGCCGAGUAAUCCCUCCGAGGCUUUUUGUUAAAGGAAGGUAUAUUGGAGGAGCUGAUGAAGUAGUAGGACUCCAUGAACAAGGUAAGCUCAAGAAGCUGUUGGAAGGCAUACCAAUCGAGCUGUCCAAUUCAACUUGCACUGGCUGUGCCAACAUGAGGUUUCUGGUUUGCUUCAAUUGCAAUGGAAGUCGCAAGGUCUUGAAAGAUAUUGGUGAGAAUAAUGAUGAUGAUUUGUAUAUUAGAUGUCCUGAUUGUAAUGAGAAUGGGUUGGUUAAAUGCCCCAUCUGCUCCUGAAAAUCUUACUGAUAUUUCCCUUUAUUUGGUUUUCUUGGUUUUUCAUGUUAAAAGUUUUAUCAGUGUGUAAAAUGCUAGAAAUAAUAUAUGAUGCAUUAGAUUAUUCUCAAACUGACAUCUUGUCCCUGUAUAUUUCUAUAUAUCAUUUUAUCUCUUUCUUGGGUUUUUAUUUUUCUUUUUCUU